AUGACGUUUUCGUUCGAUCAGUCGUCUGUCGCCAGGGUUCCGAUUUUUCAUAAAACAAGCAAUCUCGUAAUUAAAUCAGGGCAUAUUCCGGUCCAAAUAAUGGGUUACACGUUUCUUAAAAUUGCUUCAUCUGCGUACAGGAAAGGCGGGCCUAUCAGGAAUGCUACAAGAAACUAUGCUACUACUCAUGAGGCUGACAUAGUUGUGAUAGGUUCGGGCCCUGGCGGCUACGUCGCGGCUAUCAAGGCGGCACAACUGGGUAUGAAGACAGUGUCAGUGGAAAAGGACUCAACCCUAGGUGGAACUUGCCUCAAUGUAGGAUGCAUUCCUUCUAAAGCCCUACUCCACAACACACAUUUAUAUCACCAAGCGAAACAUGACUUUGCACACCGAGGUAUUGAAACAGGCCCAGUCAACUUCAACUUUAGUAAAAUGAUGGAAUACAAAGUCAAUGCUGUUAAGGCUCUUACUGGUGGAAUUGGCAUGCUAUUCAAAAAGAAUAAGGUGACAUUAGUUCGUGGUGUAGGAACAAUCAUUAACCCCAAGAAGGUGGAAGUGAAAGGAGAAAAAGGCGUUGAAACAAUUAACACAAAAAACAUUCUGAUCGCCACUGGCUCUGAAGUGACGCCUUUCCCAGGUGUUACGUUUGAUGAACAACAAAUCAUUACGUCUACUGGCGCUCUUUCACUUACGUCAGUUCCCAAAAAAAUGCUGGUCAUUGGUGCAGGAGUCAUUGGUUUGGAACUUGGCUCUGUAUACCAGAGGCUGGGUGCUGAUGUCACUGCCAUUGAAUUCCUUGGAAGUAUUGGAGGUGUUGGUAUUGAUGGUGAAGUAGCCAAAACUUUACAUAAGAUACUUUCGAAACAAGGAAUGAAGUUCAAAUUGAACACGAAAGUAACUUCAGUGAAGAAAGAAGGUGGCAAAGUCAAAGUUGAAGUAGAGCCUUCCAAAGGUGGUGGCACCAAGGAAGCUUUGGACUGCGACGUUGUUCUUAUUUCCAUUGGCCGUCGUCCUUACACCACUGACCUUGGUCUUAAGAACGUUGGUAUCGCUCUCGACGACAGGGGCCGAGUACCCGUUAACAACAGGUUCCAGACAACAGUCCCUGGAAUUUACGCCAUUGGUGAUUGCAUUCACGGACCUAUGUUGGCUCACAAAGCUGAAGAUGAAGGAAUCGUAUGCGUUGAAGGAAUUAAGGGCAUGCCGGUUCAUUUCAACUACGACGCGAUCCCAUCUGUAAUUUACACGACACCUGAAGUCGGAUGGGUCGGCAAAUCGGAGGAAGAUCUCAAGAAAGAGGGUAAGGCAUACAAAGUAGGCAAGUUCCCAUUCCUAGCCAAUUCAAGAGCGAAAACUAAUGGUGAACCCGACGGUUUCGUUAAAGUUUUGUCAGACAAAGCGACAGACGUAAUCCUCGGUACCCACAUUAUUGGACCCGGUGGUGGCGAGCUGAUCAACGAGGCCGUGUUAGCGCAAGAAUAUGGUGCGGCGGCUGAAGAUGUCGCCAGAGUGUGCCAUGCGCAUCCCACAUGUGCGGAAGCUCUUCGUGAAGCAAACAUAGCAGCAUACUGUGGAAAACCCAUUAACUUCUAG